GAUACUCCAAUGGAUAGAUGAUUCCAGUGCUUAUAUUCUAUAUCAUGCCACAAAAAGUCUUUAACAAGCAGUUUUACCUAUGUAUGUUACUAGUCCUAUGAGUGAAGACAGAGUAUACCACAGAUAGACAUUGGCUUGUAGCAGUUAUACAACAUCUAUUCCCAAUGGUCAUACGGAAUAGUCGUGUAUUACUGGGUAAGCCAGUACCCUGUGGUAAUUACACUAGGGGCUACGUCGAUUUCAAAUCGCACAUUCGCCGUCCAAGGGUAUCGCUAGAAACCCCUAAUCAUACUACCAGUGUAGUCCAUAUGAUGACCCAAGGUCUGAGAUCGCCUGGUUUGAAGAAUGUUAAACCUGGCAACCAUGAUGCUUAUGGAUUCAAUGCUAUUUCCCAGCCGAACAAGGCAUUGCGUGAACUAAGACCGCUGGGCACUGCUGCUGACGAUGUUGCUACCGAUCGUGCGUAUAUCAAUUCGAGGGCUGCAAUGACACAAAAGGCUAAAAGCCGAUGGAUGACUCUGGAUAAAGAUGCGGCCACGGCAAUUCCAGAGCCCAUAGUGGAUGACGUACCCGUUGUUAAAGUUGAGAUCCCACAAAAUGACGAUUUACAGUUUGAGCUGCUGCGAUACGAGGGCGUGGAUCCCGACAUACUGUCCUCUGUAAAGGAGUUGAGAGACCGCCUUCGUAUAGAGCACUCUAAAAGCACAGAAGGAAAUAUCGCCAGUAUAUCGUCGCCAUCCUAUAUAUCCUUCCUGAUACAGCGUUUGAAGUUACUGGGCUUCAGCGAUUACAGCCACGAGGACCUCAUGGAACGUGUGUUGACAGUUAUACAUCGAGGUGGAUUGACCAAGGAAGAUACAGUCCGAUGGGUCAAUGAGUACAAGACACCGGUACGUACCCAAUUGAGUGAUAAGUCGUUAGAGGACGAGCUGGGAUCGUUGUUGUCCACCAUUCGUGGCCGUGUGGAUACCUCAAUAGCUGUCCUAGACUCCAUGAAACCGGUUGAUCGAUAUAUCACGGCACCUAACAAUGUAUUUCCAGGAUUGGAUUCUCCUGGGACCAGUCGUCAUAUGCCGAAUAUUGACAGUUCAAUUCUAGAUAAGGUUGACCGCAUGGAUUACAGUAGUGUAGGUACCAGGGCACCUUUGUCCCGAGACGUGAGCAACGAUAAAGUGCUGACUGUAAACCAAUUGACAUGCGAAGUUCUAUCCUCUUUUCUGGAGGUGGAUCUAUCCAAGAUCGAAGCAUUAUCAAUGGAGCUUGACUGCAAGCCUGGUGCCCUGACUACUGACGAAGCCAUGUUCAUUGUCGAUGAGCUUUCGCUACCAUAUAGUGUAUCCAUAGCGGAGUACCAGGGGUCAGUAUUAUUGAAACGGAUCAAGCAAUCUAUGGUAACCCGACCACUGGUGGUUACCAUCAUGGGCCACGUUGACCAUGGUAAGACUACUCUCCUGGACACACUACAGAACUCCGAUAUCGUCUCUGGAGAAGCCGGUCGAAUAACCCAGAAGUUGGGAGCAUUUAAAUUAAACCUAGAUCGUGGUACAUUAGUGUUCAUGGACACUCCGGGUCACGCUGCGUUUGGCCGUAUGCGAGAUCGUGGUGUACGCUGCGCUGAUAUCGUGAUAUUGGUUGUAGCCGCUGAUGACGGGGUGAUGCCUCAGACCAUGGAGGCCAUUGACCUUAUUAAGCGAGAUUGCCUACCAUGUAUAGUAGCUGUUAAUAAAAUAGACCUGGACUCAGGCCAACAUGUACGCGGUAUGUUGGCAGAGUCUGGUUUGGACAUGGAAAAGAUACCCAUGGUGUAUAUAUCAGCCAAGCACGGUACUCAGAUAGACACUUUACUAUCGGCCAUAUUCGAGCUGGGUAACACUAUUAACCGAGAGGUUGAUGCCAACAUGGCUGGUACGGCAUACGUCUUCGAGACGGAGUUGCACCCUACUAUUGGUGGUUGUUUGCGUGCAAUAGUUCGUAGCGGUGUUAUAAAGGAGGGUGGCUGGCUAGUUUGUGGCAGUACCUGCAACAAGGUCAAACGCAUAUAUGACAGUUCAUAUCGCGUAAUAAAGGCGGGAUAUCCAUCCGAUAUAAUACAGAUCGCGUGGUCCAGUGACGCUUUGCAUGCCGGUUUUUUUGUCCACCAAAGGGAAUCACGUGCUGACGCGCAGAAGAUGGUCGCUUUGGCUAAGCGUCGUGAGGCUAAUGCAACUAUAUCACCAGGCAAGCUUGGUUCUGUUGACACCGUAGAUAAAUUACCACCUGAAUUUGGCGUUGUUCUCCGCUGUGGAGACCAGGGUGGACUCGAUGCCGUGCUCGAGUGGAUAUCGCAAUUCAACAAGCUCCAACGGGAUAAUUGUUCUAUUGACCACUUGAUAGAACGUGGGUAUAUCAAUGGCAGUACCAAGGACCCUAGGCAAUUGCUACAAAACUGGGAACCCAUUCGAGUGGUCUCUAGCAGUGUAGGCCCUUUCAAUAGAAGCGACUCGCAGUUUGUUGAGGUGGGUAACGUAGCUUUUUUGGGGUUCUCCACCAGUAUACCUGAAGGGAUCCUAAAGCCCUCUUUGGUUUCUGUACACAACGUUAUAUACGAGCUUUUCAAGGAUAUAGAACGCAUCUUUGAGUUCUACUUUGGUGCUACUUAUGUGGUGAAGCAGGAAGCUACUAUGCAGGUGACUCAGCUGGGAACAUUGAACCUGAAGGGUAUUGGUAAAUGCCAAGCUAUUGGUACUACUGUAUCCCUGGGCAAUGUAAAGAUCAAUAACACCUGCAUGGUUAUACGUGACGGGAAGACAUUGGAACGUGAUUUACGUAUUCAUUCAAUGCAGUCGUCGAGGAGGGACGUCACGGAAUUGCUCAAGGGCGACAGUAACAACUGUUUGGUAUUCCGUGAGUGUUCCACGGAAAUACAUAUUGGCGAUGAGCUGGUGUCAUAUACUAAGGAGCCAUUGCCACCGCUAUUCGGUGUGGUACACAACCACUUGCUAGAUGUUUAGAGGGUCACAUGGAAC